AAGUCCUCCUGGUAGCGCGGUUGUAGCUGCAGUUCCUGGAGCAGCUGCAGCGCCUCCAGGCGCUGCUGGUGGAGCAACUAGUACAUCAGUCGCUGCCAAUACGAAAUCCGCUGCUGAGCUUGAAGCAGCCAUGCGAAACUGUAAACAUUACGCCAACAUCAACGCGUUUUUGCAACAGUACAUCUCUACAAGUGGUUCGGGUAUUGAGUUCUCGUUUCCGCAGGAUACUAGUGGAGACCGGGAGUUCCUCGAAACAGAGCAACUGACCUCUCUGCGCGUCGUUAUCUCUAGUUGGGACCGCCUACACGAUCUUUUGGAGAGGAACACGCUUUCUCCAGGUGUCAAAGCCUGUCGUGAAGUGCGUCCUAUGGUGUUGCAGGGCGUGUUCAUCUUUCACGGCACUAGCGAUACGAAUCUGCAACUUGUGUGUCGGAUGCCAGGCAAUCCGGAUGUACGUUUUGAGCAAUUGGCAGAGACCAGACGUCUACUCUUGAUGACAGAACCGCCACCAGAAGAAGCGGAAUCUACAGGAAUCAAAACAGGUGCUCUCGAAGACGGCGGCGUGGGAGAUGGUGAUCCUGGUCAGAUGACAGGAACAGAAGAUGUAGAUAUGGUAGAUGCCUCACCGCCAGAUUCAUCUAGUAGAGGUGCUGGAGUAGUUCGUGCUUUUGCUACUGCUGGUGUUGUAGAUCUUCAUAUGUCUCCUGGUGCAACAACGUCAAGAAUAGCAGGAGGUGCAACUUCUAGUUCUUCCCGAAGAGGCCAGCAGCUGAUGUUAGAUGAGAACUCCUUGCUCUCGCCAGAAGAACGACAUCACUGGAGAAGGAAUGCCGAGAGGGCAGUCAAUCGCAUGAAGCUGAAAGAUUUGGUGGACGACUUUGUGCGGAAGCUGGAAGUUUUGGAAGACAUCCGACAUCUUGUAGCCGACUUGCACAACCAUGGACAUUUCGAUUUCGCGCAUGGCGAAGUGCUGCACAUCUCACCUCUCGAGAGCAUUGCCGCGAUGCGCAGCAAGAAGGAAGAACUGUACAACGUGUUUUCGGAUUGGCGUACCAACCUACAGGAGAUCCGUGGACAGUACUACUGUUUGAACUACUUCGUUGUGAAGCAUCUGCAGGCUUUGCGUGACGACAUUCGAAGCGUCGAAGCCGCCUAUUGGGAACGUGGAUGCUUGCCAUUGCGAGACAACUACACGCAAAGCGACAUGAAGACAGAUUUCUUUCAUCUUCUGCAACAGAGAGAUAUUGCUAGUUCAGGCGCAGGAGGCUCAGC